AUGACAGACACCAUUCAACCCAAUCCGAACGAGACACGUCUUCGUAGACUUUAUCCAGGAGCUCGCUUAGAGACCGUAUUCGCAUGGCCCAAUGAAACACUCGAUGACUUGGACUCCUCAUUUGCCGUACAAGAAUACCUGCAACAACUGAUACGACAAGAUCGCAACAACGUGGAAAGGCUUAUUGAGCUUCCUGAGUCAGUGGAUAGGGAAGUAUGGCAAUAUGAACAUCUCAGACAAGUAUGCCUUGAACUAUCAUUACUCGUGGUGGCACUGGAAAAUGAAUGUACGAAGGAGAAUUGCCCGGAGAUGAAGGCGGAUGGUUGGUUGUAUCUAUGUGCAGCUCAUCCAUCGACACAAUCGUGCCCAGCUAUCGAUUAUAUCAUUCACACACUUGAUGGUGCUGCCAUGUUACUCAACAAUUCAAAGUACUUUCCUAGCAGAAUAUCCAUUCCUCAGCCAUCCUUAAAGCACUUUCAAUCGAUUGCUCGGCGACUCUAUCGAGUAUUUGCUCACGCCUAUUUUCAUCAUCGCGAGAUAUAUCAAACAUUCGAGAAUGAGACAUCUCUUUAUGCAAGGUUCUUGUUGCUCUCACAAACUUAUGAGCUGAUACCCCCAAGUCUUGUCACGAUUCCAGAAUCACCAUCUGAAGAUAAUAGCCAAAGUCAAGAAAAUAGCCCAUGA